UUGUCAUUGACGUCAAGAACAGUAAAGAAAAAAAAAAAGCUUCGGCAAUGGGAAGACGUUGGCUUUCUUCAAGGGAUUGAUUUGAUCUCUUCGAUCCCAAUUUGUGAUCUUUUACUUAUGUUGUUGCAUUUGAUUUUGAUUUGCUUGAUCAGUUUUUUUUUUUUUGAGUCGAGGUGACUUUGAAUCAGUUUUGAUCACUCCAAGUUAGGAUCUUUUUGUGUCGUGUUCGUGAGAUCGAUCUAAAAAGGCAAUAUAAGAUGGUGAAAGCAUCGGACUUUAAAGCAAUUCAAGGGUUUAUUCGAUUGCAUUACACACGGGUCAACCCUGUUACCAUUACCCGCUCAAACCCAUCGGCUUUGUCUUCUCCAGCUAUUCCCUCCAAUGGUGUUUCCCAGCUUCAGUCUAAGUUUAGCUUAUCCUCGAAACCCACUUAUACAAACGUGGGGUUAUCUCAGAUUCUGUCCUCUCCUCCUAAGCUCAGUCCAAAGCUGCAGGCUUUGGGUUUGCCUCGUGUGAAUUUGAGUUUUGCAUCGGCGUUUAGAUUGGUAUCCACUAAAAGCACUGGAUUCCGAAAGGUUGAUGGGAAUUUUGCGAGGAAGGUUGUUGAGAAGCCUGUUAAAGCUGUUAGUUCUACUUUUGGUAGAUACCGUGAGGCUUUAGGGUUGCACAUUGAUGGGUUUUGGAAAAAGAAUAGUCUUUUUGUGAUUGGAGCUGGAGGGGUUUUUGUGUGUAUUUUCCUUUGGAGGAUUAUGUUUGGAAUUGCUAGUACAUUUGUUGGCCUCUCUGAGGGCAUGGCUAAGUAUGGGUUUCUAGCACUCUCCUCUGCCAUCGUAGCAUUUUCUGGACUAUACCUCCGCGCAAGGUUCACAAUUAAUCCCGAUAAAGUUUAUAGAAUGACCAUGAGGAAGAUCAAUACGGCAGCUGAAAUUCUAGAAGUUAUGGGUGCUCCUCUGGCAGGAUCAGAUUUACGAGCUUAUGUGAUGUCAGGUGGUGGCAUAACAUUUAAGAAAUUCAAGCCAACAAUAAGGAGCAAGCGCUGCUUUCUCCUUUUCCCCGUUCAGGGUUCUGAGAGAAAGGGUCUUGUUAGCGUUGAAGUUAAGAAGAAGAAAGGCCAGUAUGACAUGAAGCUUUUGGCGGUAGAUAUUCCAAUGGCGUCUGGUCCAGACCAACGGUUAUUUCUGAUUGGCGAUGAAGAAGAGUACAGAAUUGGUGGUGGUUUAAUCUCUGUGUUAAGAGACCCUGUUGUGAAAGCCAUGGCAGCAACUAAGGAGUUCGAUAAUCUUGAUAGAAUUGAGGAGGAAGAAGACGCUGAAAGAGAACUUCAAGAAGCCGAACGAAAGCACCGUGAAGAGAUCGAGAAGCUCGAGAAAGAGAGCUCAUAAUUCAUAUUUUCUUCCCCAGAAAACGUUUCUUCUUCAGUGGAUAUAAAAACAACACCACAAACCCCAGUUUUUUUUUGUUGCUAACUUUCGAGAAAUAAUUUUCCGUGGCUAUGUUUAUCAGAGGAUGCUAUUAUGAUUACUGAUUCUUCAUGCGAAGAUGUGUCUCUCUGUUAGAGCAGCCUGUGCUAUGUAAUCUUUUGGUUUACAACUUUUGGCUUCCAUGUUUUUACCGGUUUAAGCUUAAUAAAUGCACAACAGCAGCAGCACAAA